AUGCCCAACGAAACAAAUAAAAUUAUGAAAUUUAAAAACUUUAAAAACAAAGAACCUGUUCCAUUAGUAAUUUAUUCAAAUAUUGAAAGGGAACUUAAGGAUUAUGAUGAUGAUGACACGCAAACAAGUAAUACACAAAUUUAUCGAAAGCAUAAAGCAUUUAGUGUUGCAUAUUAUUUAAAAUCACAUUUUGAAAAUAGAUAUCGAUUAAAAUUUAGAUUUUACAUAGGUCGUGACUGUUUGGAUUGGUUUGUAGAUGAAUUACAACAAAGUGCUAAAUAUUUUAAAAAAUUCAUAAUACCUAAUCCAGAAUUAAUGAACCUAACUCUGGAAGAAGAAAAUAAUUUUCUUAUGUCUACUACUUGUUACGUUUGUCAUAAACCAUUUCUUGAUGUUGAUACAAAAAGUGAAACAUACGAGUUGAAUGCUCUUCAUUACUAUACAACACUUGGCUUUGCAUUUGAUGAUAUGCUUAAAAUUUCCAAUGUAGAAUUGGAGUUACUUACUGAUAAUAAUAUUUCUUUAUUUAUUAAAAAAUCUAUUAGAGAAGGUGCCUCACAAUGCAGCAACAGAUAUGCUGAAUGCAAACAACAGUAUGUGAAUACGCGUAUAUUCUUGAGGUUGAUUUACGUUAUCCUAGACCACUUUAAUUUACAUAAAGAUUUACCAUUCUGUCCUGAACAUUUAGUACCACCUACGUCAGAUUCUGACCAACCAAAAUUACUUUCAACUUUGUAUGAUAAAGAAAAAUAUGUCAUUCAUUAUCUAGCUAUUCAGUUGGGAAUUGUAGUCAGAAAAAUUCAUCGUUGUCUUAAAUUCAAAUAA